UAUGUUUAAUACAGAUUCAAAUUUUAGGUUAUAAACGGUUAAAAAUCACUAAAAGGUUAUUAAAAUUACACAAAAGUGCGAAAAUUUGUUUAAUUCUUCUCUAACUACUACAUAUAUUCUUGUAAAUUGCUAAAACGAAUAAGUAAUGAAGUAAGACGUUUUCAUAAAGACAACAAAUCAGCAAUAAAUAUUUAAUAUCUAAUGGCUCCACAUGGACGUUCUGGACAUAGCUGUGAGGGUGAUCAUGACCACCAUGAGACCCCUGAAAUGGGUAUACAGUAUGGUUUAUAUACCAAGAUUGAUAAAGAGAACUUGGAAUGCUUAAAUGAGUCCAUAGAAAACUCAGGUAAAAAAGUAUUCAAGCCAUGGGAGGAAAGACUUAACUUUACAGAGUAUGUUGAAUCUGAUGCUGAUGAAGAACUUCUUUUUAAUAUACCAUUUACUGGAAAUAUUAAACUGAAGGGUAUUGUGGUUAUUGGUGAAGAUUCUGCAUCUCAUCCUUCUAAGAUGAGAUUAUUUAAAAAUCGACCUCACAUGACAUUUGAUGAUGUAGGUGCCACACCUGAGCAGGAAUUUGAUCUGCAAAUUGAUUCACAAGGCUCUUUAGAAUACUCACCAAGAGUUGUGACAUUUAAUACAGUUUACCACCUUUCAAUUCAUUUUCCAACGAAUUUUGGUUCUGAUAAAACCAGAAUUUAUUACAUUGGUUUGAAAGGAGAAUUUUCUGAGGGACAUAGGCACGGUGUCACAUUGUGCACAUAUGAAGCUACACCAAAUGUUAUGGACCAUAAGAAUGUAUUAGAGGAUCAUGUUUCUUACAGAGUUCAGUGAAAUGUCUUACAACUUUAAAUUAUUUAAUUAUUCUUUUUUUUUUAUAAAUUCGAAACAUGCUUGAGAUAAUUGCUGAGUUAAUAAGUGAUCAGUUUGUAAGCUGUAAAUUUAAUGCAGAGAUUGGUACUGAUUCAGCCUAAAAAUAUUAGAUUAAAAGAAAGUCAAUAAGAGUAUGAAAAUGGCUUUGUAACACUUUUCUGUUGUAUUUUUCUCUAUUUUCUUUAAGUUCUAAUAAAUUCCAUAUUUUUACUAAACCUUUCACCCAGAUGGACAAUUGAAAAAUAAAAUAAAAUGGUAAUUAGCACUUAUAAAUUUAAAAACAAAUUCCAAAUUACAUUUUCUUUUUAUACUAUUCUACCCCCCAAUAUCAUCAUACAAAUGCAUGAGUAGACAAUCU